CAUCUCCGUGAAAGCGUGUAGAUCUAAAUCAAAACCACGUUCUAGCCAGCGAUUGUUGUGGAGGAUGAGAUUCCUUGUCUCUUGUAGCCAGAUAUAUAUAUAGAGCCUAUGAAGAGGGAAGGAAACACAAUCCACCACAAUUUGUUUAACAUUGCAAAUUUCCCAUCCUCCUCUAAGUUUUCCUUACUCCCCAUUCCAAAGCAUAAUGAUUUCCUCUCCUUUGAGAUCAAAAUCCACAUACCACGCUCGCUCUGUCAGCUUGCCUUCUGGACUUCACCCGGUCAUUCCUCAUGUCGAUGAGCAUUUGAGGCUAAGUGGCCUUGAAAACAUGUAUGAUCAUCUGGAAGAUUUGCUUCUAUUGCCGCACGCUCAACAAGCCUUUGCUCAACAACGCAAAGAGAAAUGGGUGGAAGCGGUGCUGGAAAAGUAUCUAAGGCUCUUGGAUGUGUGUGCUACUGCUAAAGACGUAUCCUCACAAACAAAGCAAGAUUUACAAGGCCUUCUUUCAAUCCUACGCAGGAGAAGGGACAUGAAUGACUUUUCAGGGUACUUAAAUUCGAGAAAGAAGGCAAAGAAGGUGAUCCGAAAGUCUCUAAAGGAUUUGAAUUGUAUCAAAAGCAAUCACACCAGCGUAGCUCUUGGAAAAAGCCAGGAAAUUCUGGAUUCGCUAAAUGAGGUCGAAACAGCCACUGUUGCGGUGUUUGAGUCGUUGUUGUCCUAUAUUUCUGGGACAGAGGCAGAAUCAAGUUUGAGUGGAUUUUCUUUGGUGUCCAGAUUCAUGCACCGAAAGAGCGUUGCAUCCAAAGAUGAAGAAACAAGCACAAAUGUGUUUGAGAAAUUUGAUGCCGCAUUGCACUCGCUCAACCACCAUAAGACGAGCAAAUCUGAUAAUGCAGUACACGUCGAGAAUGUGCAAAACCAGUUGGGGAAGAUGGAGCCAAGCAUUCAAGAUAUUGAAGAAGGACUGGAGUGUUUGUUCAGACGGUUAAUCAAAACGAGAGUUAUCCUCCUCAACAUUCUCAACCACUAGCUAGCAAAACAAAAAGUUUGGCUUAGAGCUUUUGGCAUAAAAAAUGUUGUAAAAAAAAAUUUGUUAGAUUUUCAUACUUGUACAGAAGCCAUGAGGAAUACACUGUUUAUAAUCUGUCCAUCAAAUGUAAAUCAAUACCCUUGUUACAA